AUGAAGCCAGAGAUUGAACAAGAAUUAUCCCACACUUUGUUAACCGAAUUGUUAGCUUAUCAAUUCGCUUCUCCAGUUAGAUGGAUCGAAACUCAAGAUGUCUUUUUAAAACAACACAACACCGAAAGAAUCAUCGAAAUUGGUCCUUCUCCAACCUUGGCUGGUAUGGCCAACAGAACCAUCAAGGCCAAAUACGAAUCUUAUGACGCUGCUUUGUCUUUACAAAGAGAAGUUUUGUGUUACUCCAAGGAUGCUAAGGAAAUCUACUAUAAACCAGAUCCAGCAGAUCUUGCUCCAAAAGAAGAACCAAAGAAAGAAGAAGCUGCUGCUACUCCAGCUGCCGCCGCCCCAGCUGCUGCUGCUGCUGCUCCAGUUGCUGCUGCCCCAGCACCAGCUGCCGCUGCCGGUCCUGUUGAAUCUAUUCCAGAUGAACCAGUUAAGGCUUCUUUGUUGAUCCAUGUUUUGGUUGCUCAAAAAUUAAAGAAACCAUUAGAUGCUGUUCCAAUGUCCAAAGCUAUUAAAGAUUUGGUCAACGGUAAAUCCACUGUCCAAAAUGAAAUUCUUGGUGAUUUAGGUAAAGAAUUCGGUUCAACUCCAGAAAAACCAGAAGAUACCCCAUUGGAAGAAUUGGCCGAACAAUUCCAAGACUCUUUCAGCGGUCAAUUGGGUAAAACUUCUACUUCUUUGAUUGGUAGAUUGAUGUCUUCUAAAAUGCCUGGUGGUUUCUCAAUCACUACUGCUAGAAAAUACUUGGAAUCUAGAUUUGGUUUGGGUUCUGGUAGACAAGAUUCCGUUUUGUUGGUUGCUUUGACCAAUGAACCAGCUGCUAGAUUGGGUUCUGAAGCUGAAGCUAAAACUUUCUUGGAUACUAUGGCUCAAAAAUACGCCUCUUCUGCUGGUAUUUCAUUGACUUCUGCAUCUGCUGGUGCUGGUGCCGGAGGUGCUGCAGGUGGUGCCGUUGUUGACAGUGCUGCUUUGGAUGCUUUGACUGCUGAAAACAAGAAAUUGGCUAGACAACAAUUGGAAGUUUUGGCUAGAUACUUGCAAGUCGACUUGAACCAAGGUGCUAAAUCUUACAUCAAAGAAAAAGAAGCUUCUGCUGUAUUGCAAAAAGAAUUGGACUUGUGGGAAGCUGAACAUGGUGAAUUCUACGCCAAGGGUAUUAAACCAACUUUCUCCUCUUUGAAAGCAAGAACCUACGAUUCAUACUGGAAUUGGGCUAGACAAGAUGUUUUAUCCAUGUACUUUGACAUCAUUUUUGGUAAAUUGACUUCUGUCGACAGAGAAACCAUCAACCAAUGUAUUCAAAUUAUGAACAGAUCAAACCCAACUUUGAUUAAAUUCAUGCAAUACCACAUUGACCACUGUCCAGAAUACAAGGGUGAAACCUAUAAAUUGGCCAAGAGAUUGGGUCAACAAUUGAUUGACAACUGUAAACAAACCUUGACUGAAGACCCAGUUUACAAAGAUGUUUCCAGAAUCACUGGUCCAAAAACUACCGUCAGUGCUAAAGGUAACAUUGAAUACGAAGAAGCCGAAAAGGAUUCCGUUAGAAAAUUCGAACAAUAUGUUUACGAAAUGGCUCAAGGUGGUGAAAUGACCAAGAUUGCCCAACCAACUAUUCAAGAAGAUUUGGCUAGAGUAUACAAAGCCAUUUCCAAACAAGCUUCCAGAGAAAGCAAAUUAGAAUUACAAAAGGUCUACGAACAAUUAUUGAAGGUUGUUGCUGGUUCUACUGAAAUUGAAACUCAACAAUUAACCAAAGACAUUUUACAAGCUCCAACUGGUGCUAACACCCCAACCGAUGAAGAUGAAAUCUCCACUGCUGAUUCAGAUGAUGAAAUCGCUUCAUUGCCAGAUAAGACUGCUAUUUCUCAACCAGUCUCUUCUACCGUCCCACAUCAAACUAUUCCAUUCUUGCACAUUCAAAAGAAAACCAACGAUGGUUGGGAAUACGACCGUAAGUUAUCUGCCCUUUACUUGGAUGGUUUGGAAUCCGCUGCUGUCAAUGGUCUUACUUUCAAAGACAAAUAUGUUUUAGUUACCGGUGCUGGUGCUGGUUCCAUUGGUGCCGAAAUCUUGCAAGGUUUGAUUAGUGGUGGUGCUAAAGUUGUUGUUACCACUUCUAGAUUCUCCAAGAAGGUUACCGAAUAUUACCAAAACAUGUAUGCCAGAUAUGGUGCUGCUGGUUCUACUUUGAUUGUUGUCCCAUUCAACCAAGGUUCUAAACAAGAUGUUGACGCUUUAGUUGAAUACAUUUACAACGAUCCAAAGAAGGGUGGUUUAGGUUGGGACUUGGAUGCCAUUAUCCCAUUCGCUGCUAUUCCAGAAAAUGGUAACGGUAUUGACAACAUUGAUUCCAGAUCCGAAUUUGCCCACAGAAUCAUGUUGACCAAUCUUUUGAGAUUGUUGGGUGCUGUCAAAUCCAAGAAGACUACCGACACCAGACCAGCUCAAUGUAUUUUGCCAAUGUCUCCAAACCAUGGUACUUUUGGUUUCGAUGGUUUGUAUUCCGAAUCCAAGAUUUCCUUGGAAACUUUGUUCAACAGAUGGUACUCUGAAGAUUGGGGUUCCAAAUUGACUGUUUGUGGUGCUGUUAUUGGUUGGACCAGAGGUACUGGUUUGAUGAGUGCCAACAACAUCAUUGCCGAAGGUAUUGAAAAGAUGGGUGUUAGAACUUUCUCUCAAAAGGAAAUGGCUUUCAACAUUUUAGGUUUGAUGACUCCAGACAUUGUCAAAUUAUGUCAAGAAGAACCAGUUAUGGCCGACUUGAACGGUGGUUUGCAAUUUAUUGAAAACUUGAAAGACUUUACUUCUAAAUUGAGAUCCGACUUAAUGGAAUCCGCUGAAGUCAGAAGAGCCGUUUCUAUUGAAUCUGCUAUUGAACAAAAAGUUGUCAAUGGUGAUAAUGUUGAUGCUAACUACUCUAAGGUUACUGUUCAACCAAGAGCUAACAUGAAAUUCGACUUCCCAACCUUGAAAUCUUAUGAUGAUAUCAAGAAAAUUGCCCCAGAAUUGGAAGGUAUGUUGGAUUUGGAAUCCGUUAUUGUUGUUACUGGUUUCGCUGAAGUUGGUCCAUGGGGUAACGCCAGAACUAGAUGGGAAAUGGAAGCCCAUGGUGAAUUCUCUUUGGAAGGUGCCAUUGAAAUGGCCUGGAUUAUGGGUUUCAUUAAAUACCAUAACGGUAACUUGAAGGGUAAACCAUACUCUGGUUGGGUUGAUGCCAAGACUCAAACUCCAAUUGAUGACAAAGACAUCAAAGCUAAGUAUGAAGAAGAAAUUUUGGAACACUCUGGUAUUAGAUUGAUUGAACCAGAAUUGUUCCAUGGCUACGAUCCAAAGAAGAAACAAAUGAUUCAAGAAAUUGUUGUCCAACACGACUUGGAACCAUUUGAAGCUUCUAAGGAAACUGCUGAACAAUACAAACACGAACACGGUGACAAGUGUGAAAUCUUUGAAAUUGAAGAAUCUGGUGAAUACACCGUUAGAAUCUUGAAAGGUGCUACUUUGUUUGUUCCAAAGGCUUUGAGAUUUGACAGAUUGGUUGCUGGUCAAAUUCCAACAGGUUGGGAUGCUCGUACCUAUGGUAUUCCAGAAGAUACCAUCAGUCAAGUUGAUCCAAUCACUUUGUAUGUCUUGGUUGCCACUGUUGAAGCCUUAUUAUCAGCUGGUAUCACCGACCCAUACGAAUUCUAUAAAUACGUCCACGUUUCAGAAGUUGGUAACUGUUCUGGUUCCGGUAUGGGUGGUGUCUCUGCUUUGAGAGGUAUGUUCAAGGACAGAUAUGCUGAUAGACCAGUUCAAAACGAUAUCUUGCAAGAAUCUUUCAUCAAUACCAUGUCUGCUUGGGUUAACAUGUUGUUGUUGUCUUCUUCCGGUCCAAUCAAGACCCCAGUUGGUGCUUGUGCCACUGCUGUUGAAUCUGUUGAUAUUGGUGUUGAAACUAUUUUGUCUGGUAAGGCUAAGGUUGUUAUGGUUGGUGGUUACGAUGAUUUCCAAGAAGAAGGUUCUUAUGAAUUCGCCAACAUGAAUGCUACCUCCAACUCUCUUGACGAAUUUGCUCACGGUAGAACUCCAAAGGAAAUGUCCAGACCAACUACCACUACUAGACAUGGUUUCAUGGAAGCUCAAGGUUCUGGUAUCCAAGUUAUUAUGACUGCUGAUUUGGCCAUUAAGAUGGGUGUUCCAAUUCACGCUGUUUUGGCUAUGUCUGCUACUGCUACUGAUAAGAUUGGUAGAUCUGUUCCAGCUCCAGGUAAAGGUAUUUUGACCACUGCCAGAGAACAUCACGGUAACUUGAAAUACCCAUCUCCAAUCUUGAACAUCAAAUACAGAAAGAGACAAUUGAAUGCUAGAUUGGAACAAAUCAAAGCUUGGGAAGAAUCCGAAAUUGCUUACUUACAAGAAGAAGCUGAAUUGGCCAAGGAAGAAAUGGGUAAUGAAUUCUCCAUGCACGAAUUCUUGAAGGAAAGAACUGAAGAAGUUUACCGUGAAUCCAAGAGACAAGUUUCUGAUGCCAAGAAACAAUGGGGUAACCAAUUCUUCAAAUCUGAUCCAAGAAUCGCUCCAUUGAGAGGUUCCUUGGCUGCUUUCAACUUGACCAUUGAUGAUCUUGAUGUUGCUUCCUUCCAUGGUACUUCCACUGUUGCCAAUGAUAAGAAUGAAUCUGCUACUAUCAACAGUAUGAUGAAACACUUGGGUAGAUCAGAAGGUAACCCAGUUUUCGGUGUCUUCCAAAAAUACUUAACUGGUCAUCCAAAGGGUGCUGCUGGUGCUUGGAUGUUGAAUGGUGCUAUUCAAAUCUUGGAAUCUGGUAUUGUUCCAGGUAACAGAAAUGCCGAUAACGUUGAUAAAGUCUUGGAAGAAUACGAAUACGUCUUGUACCCAUCUAGAUCCAUUCAAACUGAUGGUAUUAAAGCUGUUUCCGUCACUUCUUUCGGUUUCGGUCAAAAAGGUGCUCAAGCUGUUGUUGUCCACCCAGACUACUUGUACGCUGUUUUGGACAGAUCUACUUAUGAAGACUAUGCUGUUAGAGUUUCUGCCAGAAACAAGAAGACUUACCGUUACAUGCAUAAUGCUAUUACUAGAAACACUAUGUUUGUUGCUAAGGAUAAGGCUCCAUAUGCUGAUGAAUUAGAACAACCAGUUUACUUGGAUCCAUUAGCUCGUGUUGAAAACGCUAAAGAAAAACUUGUUUUCAGCAACAAGGGUAUUCAAUCUAACCAAGCUUAUACUGGUGAAAAUGCCAGAAACACUGCCAAGGCUUUAGCUUCUUUGAACAAAUCCUCUAAAGGUGUUGGUGUUGAUGUUGAAUUAUUAUCUGCCAUCAACUUGGAAAAUGAAACUUUUAUUGAAAGAAACUUCACUGCUGGUGAAGUUGAAUACUGUACCAAGACUUCUAGUCCACAAGCUUCAUUCACUGGUACUUGGUCAGCCAAAGAAGCUGUUUUCAAAGCUUUAGGUGUUGAAUCCAAGGGUGCUGGUGCUAGUUUGAUUGAUAUUGAAAUCACUCGUGACGUCAAUGGUGCUCCACAAGUUUCUUUACACGGUGAUGCUGCCAAAGCUGCUGCUAAAGCUGGUGUUAAGAAUGUCAAGAUUUCUAUCUCCCAUGAUGACUUCCAAGCCACUGCUGUUGCAUUAAGUGAAUUUUAG